AUGUUAAAUGUAAUAAACGGUAUAGUGUUCAUGAUAUUUCAAAGAAAAUGAAAUUCUAACACCGAGCAAAGUUUAGCUUAUAAUUAUUGUCUCACGUUGAUCUGUACAUGUAAAGUGUAAAGGGAAUAAAUUGCAUUUAUAUUUUUAUAAAAGUAUUUUUUUUUUUUUGUAAGUACAUCUUUUUACAGUAUCUUAAUAAAAUCAAUAUUGCAUCAUUAAGAAGGCUUGAUUUAACAUACUAGGUGCAAUGGAAUCUGAAAGUUCUGUCAUGUUGGAAUCAUGCGGGGAACAUUCCAUUUUAAUUCAAACAGUAAAAGAUAUGGUGAACGAGAAUACACGUGCUGAAUUAGAAAGUGAGGAAAAAGGAUUUAUUGUUGUAACAGAUGUUCAGGGUGAACAACAAAAUAUGAUAGAAGUAUCAAACGAAGAAUCAACAGUAACACAGUCUGGCGAUCAAUUUUCAUGGUCCAAUUUAUGUAGAAUAUGUGCUAAUGUUAAUGACCAUUUAAUUCCAAUAUUCGAUGGAGAAGGUUUACAACAUGACUUAUGUGAUAAAAUACAUAAAUAUCUACCAAUAUGUGUAACUGAAAAUGAUACACUCCCAUUGCAAUUAUGUUAUCACUGUGCUGCUACAUUAUUAGCUUGGCAUGAACUAUCAGAAGGAUGCUUGAAUGCAGAAAGAAGAUUAUUGGAGAUGCAAGAUGCUUUGCAAGAAAAGCAGGUGGAAGGUCGAGUCUGACACCAUUAUGCAAAUAUCGACGGUCGAAAACGAAAGUGCAAACGUUGAGGAGGUAGAGUACAUCCAAUGUGCUCAAUGCGACGUUGUCUUCGUGAAUAUGAAAUACUUCAUUGAUCACAUAAACAACGAGCACGAAGCACAAAUGCACUACUGUCAGGAUUGCAAACUGGUGUAUCAUGGCCAAGAUAAGGAUUUUGAAGAUCACAUAUCGAUGCAUAAUAGUAAUUACAAAGUAAAGGACACCACCGGAGACGAAAGUCUGGAACGCGCGAACGAGGUGAGAAAAGAGGAUAAAGAUGAUAAGAAAAGAUCACCACUUAAUCGGCAGAUUAAGAAGCCUCUGUGUUACACUUGCAACUUGUGCGAGACAAAUUUCACAAAGAAGUUCGAACUGAAGAACCACAUAAACAGACACUCCGAUGUCAAUCCAAUCAAGAAUCCAAACGAGAAUCCAAACGAGACGGAUCUUGUAGACAAGGCGAAGCAAAUAAUCAAUGACCGUAUCUCGUACAUGUGUGGUACGUGUAAAAAGAUUAUAUUCACGAAACGGGGCUUUCUACGACACAUUCGUGUGCAUAAUAACAAACGACCGUGCAAGUGUGAUCUAUGCGGGAAAUCGUACCGCAUCGAGCAAGAUUUAGCCAGACACCUACGAGACGUUCACGAAGGAUUAAAGAAGUACGCCUGCGACAUCUGUGGCCGAGCAUUUGCAAACAAAGGAGCAAAAGAUGAUCAUCGGAGAAUUCACACCGGUGAACGUCCGUACGCGUGCGAACACUGUCCAAAAAUGUUUCGGACACUGAAUUCUAUUUACAUUCACAAUCGUGUACAUACGGAUUAUAAACCUCACAAAUGUACGUACUGCGGGAAAUAUUUCAGAAGCAGGCAGCGGCUGACUGAUCAUGAAACUACGCAUACAGGUAUCAAAGCUUUUGCCUGUGAAAUCUGUGGUAAAACGUUCUCCGUCAAAGGAGAAGUCGUGCGACACCGUGCGAUACAUAACGAGGAGAAGCCUUUCGAUUGUAAAUGUGGAAUGAAAUUCGGUCAAAGGAGAUACCUAAGAAAUCAUAUAAAACAACAGCACAAGGAAGCAUCUUCGUGGUUAUUAGCAGAAUUAUUGGGAAGUAGAUAGUCAAUAUGCAGCGGGUUCUUAGCUUUCAAAUGGCUCGUGGGCUUAGCGAGUCUAGCGAGUUUGUGACAAAACGUAUGUGCUUUUCGUUAAUAUUCUCCGUCGGUUUCCUCUCCCUGUUGGGUGGAUUUUUACUCGGUCGUUUCGCCACGCAAAGAGCUAUAGAGUUUCGCGCAGAGAAGAAACGCCUAGAGUUAGCGGGCAAUGGUUUAGAAAACACUGAGUAUCUGCAACAUGUGAUGCUUGAACAGUUGGAAAGGGCGCCCCUUGAUCCUGUUUUCGAAAUGAAAUGGGACUAUUUCAAUUUAAAAGAAGACGACACGCGUCAAGUGACUAAGAUUCUAUCGAAUUUAUCACUUAUCGAAAAAGUUGUCGAACAUCAGUCGUGCAUCGUGGCAACCGCGAGAGGGUCCAGAGAAUCUGAUAGGUACGUAGUUUUAUCGACUAAUGGUGAAGGUGUCGGUGUCGCUUUAGAAUUGGCAAAAAUUUUCAAUCAAAUUCAAGGAGAAUACAGAUGGAACCCUCGUAGAUCCAUUAUCUUUUGUUUAUUCUCGGGAUCUUCGAAUUCUUGUCCAAAAAUAUUGUCCAACUUUAUGCCUCAUAAAAUUGUGGCUUAUAUUGUAGUACAUCACCAAGUUUUACAAGGUAAAGGCCACUUUAUUGUAUCUGGAUCAGACAUUAUACAAUCCAUGGUUUUAGAAUCUGCUAGCAUUGUAAAAAAUUGGUUCUCUUACAAUAGUCAGUUAUUGUUCUUAAACGACAUAUCUUAUAACGUUGCAACUUCCCGGCUAACUUUAGACGUACCUCAUGCAGUAUUGUCUUUUACGGACAAUAAUAUCACAUACAAUGUAAAUCAUCAUGAAAGGGAAAUGCAUAAAAUAGUUUCAGCACAAAUAGUUGGUCAAACUAUUUGGAGAUUUUCUGAAUGUUUAAUAAUAAAAUGGAAUCCAAGUUAUUUUAAUAAGGCUGUUUCUGAAGCAUUAAAAUCUAUAAACAAUACUGAAUUAUUGGAAGUUAAAGUACCAUUGACACAAGAAUACUAAAUGAUUUGCUGAUGGAAUUGGAUAGAAUUCUCUUAUGUCCUAAUGAGCAGAAUCAAUCCAGAACUGAUUGGACAAAAUUUUCUAAAUUGAGUCAAGAGCCUUUCAACAAAAUUAUAAUAUAUGUUAAUGAAGUGGUAAAGUGUUAUGAAAGUGCUAUACAACUUUUAACUAUACAAUAUCGAUAGAGAAAAUAUAAAAGUACAAAAUUUUAGACAUAAAACUGUCUUUUGAAAUGACUGUGGUAAUAAUAUUCAAUAAUUAUUAUUGAUGUUUUUUUACACUUUUACCAAAUACUUAGCUUAAUUUUUUAUUUUAGAGUUCCUAUUUUUGAUUUGCAUAUCUUUAUAAAUUACACAGACACAAACAUUUAUACACAAACAAGUACAAAGUAUGUAUUAUUUUUGCCUGUGAUAAAUUAGAUCGAUUUAAAUGUUCUACCAUUUAAAUUAAUGUACAUUUCCCAUGCCAUAUCUUAUUUCUCUCUCAAAUUGUGAAGCAUCAAGUGUUCCUUCGAUGGCUUUGCAGUUUGGAUUAAAUACAGAGUAAGCACUCAGUUCACCUGACCUUUUUGGUCUAGAUCGAGUAUUUAAGCAAAUAAAUAUUAACGUAGAUAGAAUAAAAUACACUGCUCCAAAUUCGUAUUCAAUUGCAAUUAUAUAUAAGGUACCCCAUAAAAGAAAAUACAGUAAAUAUGUUAUUAUCUUUAAUACUGUAUAUUGUGAUUGCUCUACACUAUCAUCUGAACAGGUACUUUCCACAUCCUGGUUAUCCUUAAUAUCGGAUAUCAACGGUGCUGCCACUGAAGAAUCUUCAGCUGAUUUAAUUCUAUUCCACGGUAAGAUAGUUUUUAUCGCAUUUUUUAUAGAUUCUGUCAUUUCCUCUCUUUGUCUGCGUCGUCUAUAAACUUCGAGUCUCUCUUUUAUAUCACUUCCAGCCAUAUUGAACGUGGCCAACCAUGUCUUAUCAAGCACGUGCAUUACAGUUACAUUCGAUUUACGAUAAAACAGUAAUUUUGCAAAAUGAUUGGCCGUUCAUUGGAGCUGCAUUGUUCGUUAUUGGUUCAUGGAUUAAUCCACGGUUGAAAGAUUGAAACUUGAUAGAACGAAGUUAGUCUAAUAUAUAUUUGGAUACUUUGUUUCGUCUGACGAGCAAACGGAUAUUAUAUGUGAUCUUAGAAGAUUAAAAAAAGAUAGGUAAACGUGUGUUUUUAUUGAAAGACAGCGUCAAUGGAGGAUCAAAACGCAAAAUAUAUAUGGCAAUGUGAUUCUGCGAUCGACGUUAAGUUACUCGGAUUGAACACUCGGUUACACGUCGCCGUUGACUUCGGUGCUUCCUUCAUCAUUUCCGGGAUCUUGGCAGUCAUAUUUAGAACUAUGACCGCACCGGUGGAAAGGGUUAAAUUGAUUUUACAGACACAGGCGAGUAGCCAUCAAAUAGGGCACACGAAACGAUCCGCAUACUCUGGCAUUUUAAACGCACUCGUUAGAAUACCGAAGGAGCAGGGGUUCGUGUCUUUGUGGCGCGGGAAUCUUCUCAAUAUUUGUCGAUACUUUCCAGCCCAAGCGAUUAACUUUUCCUUUUACAAUUUGUACUACGAAAUCUUUGAAAAAGUUCGUCCGACAGAUUAUCAGUGGGAUUAUACCAUUUUUAAUGCAUAUCUCUCUCUCAAAUUUACGCGCGUAAACAUCGUACAGUGUUGCGUAGAUGAUUGGACCGAGGACGAGUUGCAGUCACAUCGUCGUACCAUUCUUGUCCGGCGGUGCCGUCGGCUGCACAUCUUGUACAAUUCUUUACCCCCUUCAUUUCUGCAACACUCGGAUAACUGUAGAUGUCGGCGAUAACAAGAUAAUUAAGAGAGAAUUUUACGGGCUGAACGACUGCAUAAGUAAAAUUUACAAAAGCGACGGCUACAAAGGAUUUUAUCAAGGGCUGACCCUCUCGAUGUGCGGCCUAUCUUUGUACAGGUCCAUUUACUUCGGUGCAUAUGUAGUUGGUAAACGAGGAUAUUUGAACAAUUAUGCAACAGAUUCUCGAACGGCGAGCGCGCCGUUUUUAAUAUCGCUGACUAUAGCUCAGCUAGCAUCUUAUCUCGCGUUAAUUGUAUCCUAUCCCUUGGACACGAUAUCCAGACAAAAAAUGCUUUGGAGCGGACGUGAAGCGAGAAAUUACGUGCCGACGCGUCAAGUGGUCUGUAAAGAGUUCUAAGUUAAUCGGAGAACCUUUUCCCAUAGCUUCAUUCCUAACGAGUUCACUCGACGACUCGAUAUUUUGCCAGAUCGGUACCAUCAUAGGAAAAGAUGGCCCAGUUGGCUUUUACAGAGGCAUGUCUGCUAAUUUAAUAAGCGCCCUUUGCGGAUCUUUAAUUCUGGUUACGUACGAUGUAAUUAAGGAACGUUUCAACCGGCUAAUGGAACCCGAGAACGUUAAAUCCGAGACUUAAAAUCCGAGGAGAUUGUCAAGAAGCACAAAUGUGGAUACAAGGUUUUUUUUAAGAUUACGUAUCAUCGAGUAUUGUAUUAUUUGCAAAAUUGUAUCCCCGCGAAAAAAAAAAAUGUUCGAAGCUGAAAAUUUGAAUUCUUUUUUUUUUUUUUUUU